AGAGCCGUGCGGUGCGUGCAAACCUCCUCUUAUUAUUGGAUUGAUCGAGGGCAGGCACUUCCUCGUCCGUUCCUUCCUCCCUUCGAUCGCCAUGGACCUGGCCAAAGGGCGAGGCGCGCCGAACGGUGGCGUCGGCGCGGAGGAGGCGACGAGGAGGAGGAAGAAGGUGGAGCUGGUGCAGGAGGCCAUCCAUGGCUUCCUGGAGGAGAAGAGGAUGGAUCUCCAGGAGGGAGAGAGGAGCUCGAUGGUCGGCCGGCAGGAGGAGGAAGGCCUCCUGUCCUCGUUGCUCACCAAGCUGGAUGCGCUAGAGAAAGAAGCUGAUCAGGACAAUGUGGAACAAAACUCCUUCCAUCCUAAUUCUAAGGCAGGACAUGGUGACAGCAGCAAAGAGGUGGAGUUAGCGGACAUAGCGAAAGACCUGAACAAGAUCAAGAGGCAGAACAUGAUCACCCACAUCCUCCUCGGAACGGUCAUCGUCCUGACCGCCGUGUGGCAAGUUAACGAGGUGUCGUUCCUCCUCUGGGUGCAGAAGAAACUGAGCAAUCCUUUCAAGCCACUGGGGGACCUGAUCAAGGCUUCCCUCAAGGGGAGAGGCAAGAAGCCGGUGAUCGAGGCAUCGCCGCUACCGCCGGUUGGCAUCCCGGAUGUUACCCGAGCUGAUCUGCCAACACUGGUCAUCAGCGGUGAGGACAGGUGAGACGGUAAUGCUAGAAAUGGGCCGGUGGCUAUGCAAGUGCCAUUUUUGGUCGAUUUGUGUGUUCAUCAAAGUUGAAUGUAGCAACUUGUAAGAAUUUCAUGAGAAUGUGUAUUCUUGCAACCA